AUUCAUAACUGUAUACUAACGAAAAUCUUUCAAAACUGCAAUAAAAUUUAUAGCAAUGUUUUUCCAUUUAAAUAUUUAAAUUAUGCAUAGAUUAUUACCCCAAAAUAUCACACAGCAUAAUACCGACAUGUAAACAUUAUCGGAUAGCGUCGGUUCUCAUCUCAUGUGAAGAGGUACAAUCGCCGGAUUAAUAUUUUGUGGGCUUGAUUUGGAUUUAGUUAAAGAUUCCCGGUGUAUUCUAGUGCUAGUGACCUAGUGGCGUGAGGGAGCCACGAUGACUGAGGUGGACCAUAUGCCCCAGACCGGGGUCAGAUGGGAGUCCGGCCAGAUAGAGGACGACUUUGAAGGGGGAAACAACUCCGCAAAACUCUUUGAACGAUCAAGAAUCAAGGCUCUUGCUGAUGAAAGAGAAUCUGUACAAAAGAAGACCUUCCAGAAAUGGGUGAACUCUCACCUUGCACGUAUUGGUUGCCGUAUAAACGACCUUUACAUUGACCUUCGGGAUGGCAAGAUGUUGAUGAAACUGCUGGAAAUACUCUCCGGGGAAAGACUGCCACGUCCCACUAAAGGCAAGAUGCGCAUUCACUGCCUGGAGAACGUAGACAAGGCCCUCACCUUCCUGCACGAGCAGCGCGUACACCUGGAGAACAUGGGCGCUCACGACAUCGUCGACGGCAGCAACAGGCUCACACUUGGUCUCAUCUGGACCAUCAUCUUGAGAUUUCAGAUCCAAGACAUUAUCGAGCAAGCCGACAACAGUGAGACCAAGUCUGCUAAGGACGCGCUGUUACUAUGGUGUCAGAUGAAGACCGCAGGGUACCCCAAUGUGAACGUGCGCAACUUCACUACGAGCUGGCGGGAUGGGCUCGCCUUCAAUGCCCUCAUACACAAACACAGGCCUGAUCUGAUUCAAUAUGACAAGCUACAGAAGUCAAACCCCAUGUACAACCUGCAGAAUGCCUUCCACGUGGCAGAGGAGAAACUGGGCAUCACACCACUCCUGGACCCUGAAGAUGUCAAUGUCGAGUUCCCUGAUGAGAAAUCUAUCAUCACAUACGUGGUUACAUUCUACCAUUACUUCUCCAAGAUGAAGGCGGAAACUGUACAGGGCAAGAGGAUAGGAAAGGUCAUUGACAAUGCCCUUGACACAGAGAGGAACAUUGAUGACUAUGAGACCAUGACCUCUGACCUACUGGAGUGGAUCGAGCACACCAUCAUGAUCCUCAAUGACCGCCAGUUUGCCAACUCCCUGCCCGGCGUCCAGUCACAGCUGACCGCCUUCAACCUGUACAGAACCUCUGAGAAACCUCCAAAGUUUGUAGAGAAGGGCAACCUGGAGAUCAUGCUGUUCACGCUGCAGAGCAAGAUGCGAGCCAACAACCAGCGGCCCUACCUGCCCGUGGAGGGCAAGCUGAUAUCCGACAUCAACAAGGCUUGGGACAAGCUGGAGAAGGCUGAACACGAACGGGAGCUGGCUCUCAGAGAGGAGCUGAUCAGACAAGAGAAGCUGGAGCAGCUAGCAGCAAGGUUUGAUCGGAAGGCCGGCAUGCGUGAGACCUGGUUGAGUGAGAACCAGAGGCUCGUAUCCCAGGACAACUUUGGUCAUGAGCUGGCGGCCGUCGAGGCCGCAACCAAGAAACACGAGGCCAUUGAGACAGAUAUCAACGCGUACGAAGAACGUGUACAGGCCGUCGUGGCAGUGGCAGAGGAGCUUGAGACUGAACAGUACCACGACAUAGACAGGAUCAAUGCUAGGAAGGACAACGUGAUCCGCCUGUGGAACUACCUGCUGGAGCUGCUGAGGGCCCGCAGGAUGAGACUGGAGCUGUCCCUGCAGCUACAGAAGGUGUUCAAGGAGAUGGAGUACAUCCUGGACUGGAUGGAGGAAAUCAAGUCUCGGCUGAUGUCGGAGGACUACGGCAAGCACCUGAUGGGCGUGGAUGACCUGCUACAGAAGCACGGCCUCCUGGAGUCUGACAUCCACGUGCUGGGCGAGCGGGUCAAGACCGUCAACAUUCAGGCCAACAAGUUUGUGGAGGGAGACUUCUCAGAGGUUGGAGGCUACAGACCGAGUGACCCAGAGAUCAUCAAGGACCGUAUCAAUGUUCUCGAGAAUGCCUACGAGGAGUUACGUCAACUGGCAGAAGAGCGCAAGUCUCGGCUGCUGGAGUCUCGCAAACUGUGGCAGUUCUACUGGGACAUGGCCGACGAGGAAGGCUGGAUCAGAGAGAAGGAGCAGCUCAUGUCGACCCCUGACCUUGGCCAUGACCUCACCAGCGUACAUCUCCUCCUCAACAAACAAAAGAAUAUGGAAGAUGAGAUGACAGCCAGACACACCCACCUGCAGUCCGUGCUUCAAGUCGGCAACGAUCUCAUUUCGGCAGGCAAUUUCGGCGCGGAGAAAAUCCAAGAGCGCAUUGACGAGAUCAACGAGCAGUGGGAAAGCCUCAUUGACCUGGCGGCCUUCAGAAAGAAACGCCUCAAUGAAGCUGUGGACUUCUAUCAGUUCUUUGCCGACGCGGACGACAUUGACCAAUGGAUGCACGACACGUUACGCCUUGUGUCGAGUGACGACGUUGGCCGUGACGAGGCCAGCGUCCAGUCACUACUCAAGAAACACAAGGACGUAACUGAUGACCUGAAGAACUAUCAGAGUGUGAUAGAGGCGCUCCAUGAACAGGCUGCAAACCUUGGGGAACAGGACCGCGAGUCUGAGUCUGUUCAGACGACGCUGGGAAGCAUCGACCGUCGCUACCAGGAGCUCCUGGAGCUCGCCAAACUGCGCAAGCAGCGGCUCCUCGACGCUCUGUCACUCUACAAGCUCUUCAACGAGGCUGACAGUGUCGUCACGUGGAUUGAUGAGAAGGAGAAGCUUCUCACCACUAUGACCAUCACGGACGACAUUGAAGAGCUGGCAAUCAUGCGCCACCGUUUCGAGGGUUUCGAGCAUGAGAUGAAUGCUAACGCAUCCAAGGUGGGCGUGGUCAAUCAGUUGGCACGGCAACUGUUGCAGGUGGAGCACCCCAAUGCUACUGAUGUCGUACAGAGACAGAACGACCUCAAUACUAGCUGGAACAACCUGCGAGAACUGGUGGAGGCAAAGAGAGAUGAGAUAGAAGGGGCACACGGUCUUCAGAACUUCCACAUUGAGUGCAAUGAAACCAUUAGCUGGAUUCAUGAGAAGGCCAAGAUCAUUGAGUCCACAGAGGAGCUGGGUAAUGACCUCACUGGAGUGAUGACCCUGCAGCGCAGGCUCAGUGGCAUGGAGAGGGAUCUGGCUGCCAUACAGGCCAAGCUAGAGUCUCUGCAGGCCGAGGCUGAACGUUUGGAGGAGGAGAAACCAGAUGAGGCGGAGGCCAUACGAGACAAGAUAGCAGAGAUCAACAAUGUCUGGGUGAACCUCAAAGACAUGCUGAAGGAACGCGACGAGAAGCUAGGGGAGGCCGGAGAGACUCAGCGUUUCCUGGGCAACCUUGACCACUUCCAGCAGUGGCUGUCGCGGACGCAGACCACUGUGGCCUCCGAAGACUCGCCCAACAGUCUCGCGGACGCAGAGAAGCUACUAAACCAGCAUCAGCAGCUCAAGGAUGAGAUUGACGCGUACGCGCCGGAAUACGCCAAGAUGAAGGAGUUUGGAGACCAUGUGACUGAGGGUCAGACCGACCCCCAGUACAUGUUCCUGGCCCAGCGGUUAAGUGCCCUGGAUGAUGGAUGGAAGGAGCUGCUCCAGAUGUGGGACAGCAGGCAGCAGGGGCUGUCACAGGAUCUCAACCUGCAGAUGUUCCUGCGAGAUGCCAAGCAGGCCGAGGUGCUGUUGAACCAACAGGAGAACUUCUUGUCCAAGGAAGACGUACCGACUUCACUUGGAUUGAUAGAUACCAAGAACACACUGGAGGCCGCAGAAGACCUGAUCAAGCGACACGAGGCGUUCAUCACGACCAUGGACGCCAACGAUGAGAAGAUCAACGCGGUGCUCACCUUCGCCAACAGACUCAUGGAGGACGGACACUACGCUGCAGACAAGAUACACAAGAAGGCUGAAAACAUCAAUGAGAGACGCAACACGAACCGUCAGCGUGCAGACGAGCAGCUGGAUCGACUGAGGGACCAACUGUUACUGCAGCAGUUCCUACAGGAGUGUGAUGAGUUGCGAGACUGGCUGCAUGACAAGAUGGCGGACGCAGAGGAUGAGACGUACCGAGAUGCUAAGAAUCUGCACAGCAAGUACCUGCGUCAUCAGGCCUUUGAGCGUGAGAUUGCAGCCAACAAGGACAGGCUGAUGAGGCUACAGAAGGCUGGUGAAGAGUUGAUGGCGGAGAAGCCAGAGACUCGAGAGCAGCUGGAGCCCAUCCUGGCCAACCUGUCCACCCAGUGGGACCAGCUCGAGACCACCACCACAGAGAAGGCAGACAAACUGUUUGAGAACAAGCGGGCCGUGCUGUAUGAACAGAGCUGUGACGAUAUUGAUGGCUGGGUCACCCAGCUGGAGUCCCAGAUCAUACAGGCAGAGUCGGCCAAGGACCUGACCACUGUCAACCUGCUCAUGCAGAAUCAGAACCUGCUGGAGAACCAGAUGAAGAUCAAGGAGCAGCAGGUGAAGGAGCUGGACGAUCAGAUCAUCCACGUGAAGAAGAUCGAGCCAGAGAAAGAGAACAUCAUCGAGGCGAGAAAAGCUGCAGUUGCUGAGAGGUUUGCCAAGAUCCAGGAGCCACUGACAAAGCGCCGUGAGCAGCUGGAGAAGGUCAAGUUCAUCCACCAGUUUGUGAGAGAUGUGGAGGACGAGAAACUGUGGAUCGAGGAGAAGAUGCCCCAGGCCACGUCGGAAAACUUCGGCAACUCACUCCUCUCUGUGCAGCUACUGGAGAAGAAGAACCAGUCCCUGCAAACGGAGAUAGACAACCACGAGCCCCGCAUCCACAGCCUGCUGGAGACCGGCCAGGGGCUGGUCAGCGAGGGCCACCCCCAGUCAGAGGAGUUCAUUGCCCUCAUGGAUGACCUUGACCGGCGCUGGCACGACCUCAAACAGGCCCUCGAGGACAGGAAGGAGAGGCUGCAGCUGUCUGACACCGCGCAGCAGUACUACUACGACGCCAGUGAGGCGGAGGCCUGGAUGAGUGAGCAGGAGCUGUAUAUGAUGGGAGAGGAGCGAGCCAAGGAUGAGAUAGGGGCCCAGAACAUGAUGAAGAAACACACGGCCCUGGAGAACGUCGUAGAGGACUACGCCGGGGUCGUAAGGCAGCUGGGAGAGCGCAGUAGGGCCCUCAUCAACCAGGAACACCCGGAGAGUGACCAGAUAGCAGUGCGCCAGUCGCAGGUAGACAAGCUGUAUGCAGGCCUCAAGGACCUGGCGCAGGAGCGGCGCAGCAAGCUGGAGGAGGUGCUCAAACUGUACAUGCUGUCCCACGAGAUAGAGGACCUCAUGCAGUGGAUAGCCGAGAGAGAGGUGGUCGCCUGCAGCCAUGAACUGGGACAGGAUUUCGAACAUGUCACUUUACUGAAGGAAAGGUUCCAGGAGUUUGCACUCGAGACUGAAUCCAUCGGCACCGAGCGUGUGGCGGCUGCCAACCACACUUGUGACAACCUGAUCGCCCUGCACCACUCGGACUCUGCGACCAUCGCGGAGUGGAAGGACCUGUUGAACGAGCGCUGGGAGGACCUGCUGGAGCUGAUAGACACGAGGCACCAGGAGCUGCAGGCCUCCUGGGAGAGACACAAGUUCUUCAGUGACUGCAAGGAGACUCUCGAGAUCAUUGUUGAGAAGCAGAACUCGAUUCCAGAUGAGCUGGGCCGGGACGCACAGAGUACGGCAGCCAUGCAGAGGAAACACAACAACUUUGAGUCGGACCUCGUCACUUUGGAGGCACAGGUUCGAGCCAUCCAGGAAGAGUCGAGUCGGCUGCAGGUUGGGUACGCAGGCCACAAGCAGGAGGAGCUUCGCCGCCAGGAACAGGAAGUGCUUGAUGCAUGGCGCAGGCUUCUCUCCAUGGUGGAGUCACGCAGGCUGAAGUUAGCCAAUGCCAGCGACCUGUACCGCUUCUUCAACAUGGUGCGAGACUUGUUGCUGUGGAUGGAUGACAUUGUGAGGCAGAUGAACACCCAGGAGAAACCAAGGGAUGUGUCUGGAGUGGAGCUGCUGAUGAACAACCACCAGAGUGUGAAGGCCGAGGUGGAUGCCAGGGAGGAGAACUUCACCAUCUGUGUCAACCUGGGCAAGGACCUGCUCGACAGAAAACACUACCGAUCUGACGAGGUGAGAGAGAGGUUGAUAGAGCUGACCAAGAAGCGGCAGGGCAUGGUUGACCAGUGGGAGUCUCGCUGGGAGUACCUGCAGCUCAUACUCGAGGUGUACCAGUUUGCGCGCGACGCUGCGGUGGCGGAGGCCUGGCUGAUGGCCCAGGAGCCGUACCUGAUGAACACCGAGCUGGGAGACACACUCGACGCGGUGGAGAACCUCCUCAAGAAACACGAGGCUUUUGAGAAGUCUGCCGCCACCCAGGAGGAGAGGUUUGCAGCCCUCGAGAAACUGACAACUUUUGAGAUAAAGGAGAGACGGAAGGCUGAACAUGAGACAAAGGAAGACAUGCUGAGGGCCAAGGAGGAGAAACUGAGGAGACUGAUCGCUGAGUUCUUGCCACCAGAGAAACCCCCGACCCCAGAGCCUGAGCCCGAGCCCAUAAUAGAGGAGAAGCCCGCAGUACAGGAGGAGGCCACUGUGGCAGAGGCAGCACAGCGGGAGCUGGAGUCGCCCGUACAUGCUGGUCCUACAGCUAACAUAGUUAAACCUCAAGAACAAACUAAACAUGUAGAGCCUGAGGCGGUGACCCCUAAAACUCCACAGUCCGGGUCAGACGACAGGAAAUCCCCGAGAUCAGGGGGUCGUAAGUCGACGCCAAGAGCAAAAGAGGAGCCACAUCAGAUGGCAGGGGGUGAUGCGUCAACACCUCGUAAGUCUGCCAGCGCGGCCGCCACAGUCCACGAGGAGGGCAACCUGAGCCGUAAACAUGAGAUGGACUCGGUCACCAAGCGGGCUACCAACAGGUCAUGGGACAAGGUGUAUGUUGUUGUACAUGGGCCCUCUCUCUCCUGCUACAAGGACCAAAAACAUGCAAAACAGGAUCCAAGCACGCUGAUCCACCACGAGUCCCCCAUGGAGCUGGCCGGGGCAGAGGUUGAGCAGGCCACUGACUACAUCAAACGACCACAUGUGUUCAGACUGAGGCUGCCGACGGGAGCAGAGUUCCUCUUCAUGGCCAAGGAUAACGGUGAGAUGGAAAAAUGGAUCAACACGAUCAACAACACAUCCCGGUCCGGGCCCUCCCCUUCCCGCUCCCAGACCCUGCCUGCCCGCACGGAGGAACACAAGGACCCGAAGAAGAAGGGAUUCUUAACUUUUAAGAAGAAAUGAGACUCAAACAAAUAGAUAGGAACUUUUUUAUAUAUUAAAGUGUCAUAAUAAAUUUUCCAUCUCUCAUUGAAAACGAACUAUACACAGAAUUCAGAUUCGUUUACCGGAGCCAUAGUUUGGGUCCCACAUUUAACCUUCAUCUAUGUAUUAUUGUGUAUUUAUACAGCACACGUGUUUAUAAAUAUAUAUCCGAGCACGAUUCAAGGGCAUAAGAGGUGUUUUAGUUGAAGAGUUCUUACCAAUAGAUAUAUUGCUUCCAGCAUUUCGUUAUUUUUUUCGAUAAAUGUACAAACUGUACCAUUUGUGAACAAGUAUAUAUGCGAAGCAUGUAUCAUAUUUUUGUCCGUUUUUUUGUAUUCGGUAUCUGUAACCAAUGCACAUUCGAUGGAACUAUUGAUCUGCUAUGGCAUGUGUGAUGCUUAAAAAUACACAGGCAGCUUUCUGUUUGGAUAUGGGUUUAGAACUUGUUGUAAAGAAACUAGUUUUUUUUUAUUUGUUUGCUUAAAAGCUUUGUACAUAGGAUCUAACUAGUCGAAACUUUAGCUGGAUGUGUUGUUUUUUUCGUCUUUUAAACCAUAUUGUCCAGAUUUUAUGACCAUGCUAUUCAUAAAUAUUUUCUCGUUAUUUAUGUUUUAUUGUUAAGUGACACGGAGUUGUGUUAAUUGUUGUCUUUUUAAUGUUAUACACAAUUUUUGUUCAACUUUCUAAAAUACUUUAAAUGUUUUUAUCUGGCACACGUGUAAACCAAAUUUUUAAUAUGCAGAUAUCGGUAAUGUUUAAGGGCUUUUUGUCUGUUAGUGUGACGGUUGCAUGGUGAACAUGUCCAUAUUGUAAAUCGGUUUUAUAUCUUUGUUGAUAUGUGUAAUCAUUGUAUCUCAUCUCGUGAUAAUAUCGCAUAGAAUAGAUGUCUUGUAGUAGGCACCAUACGUUCAUACAGUAGAGAAGUAUAAGAUACUUAAUUAUGCUAAUAAUAAGAAGUAUUAUUGUAAUACUAUCGUUUAUUUAUACAGCAGAAUAAGUGAAUACUGCCUUACAUUACCACAUUACUAGCUUGCUAUCGCUAUAUUUUGUACUGUGUUUAUCACGCACAUAUUUGCUAUAGACAGUUUUACUAUAAGUAAAUAUUCCAGCUUAAAAGAUUCCCUGUCCUUUUCUGGAAAAAUCUUGUUGAUACAAUUUGAUAAUAUUGAUGGUUAUAUGAAUGUAAAACAACCAUUUCAGAAUCAGUACCUGUACACCUGUUGUAUGAACACUUUGUACAAAUUGUAGACGUAUGUUUUUAUUACUGGCUGUGCAAUUUUCAUCUCACCCUUAGUUGGCUUGAUUGGUAAACCUUUCCUAGACACGUAUACUUAUACAGGCUCUAUGACAAUAAAAUGAAUCAUCAUUA